AUGGCGGAUUUGGUUAGUGUGGUGGCGGGGUUCCUGUCAUGGUGUCUGCUCGCCAUGGAGGCUGCGGGGUUGGGUCUGGCCAUGCAGCGAGGGAAGAUGAAGGUAGCGAAGGGGGUCGCUCCCUUCGUCCUCCUCCACAUGAUGAGCGCAGCGAUGCCAGUUAGCACUGACAGCAAGAUGUGCUCUGCAACCAACGUUCUGAUCUCCACGCUGAUCAGCCUGAUAGUGCUUUACCUCCCAAUCGGCCUCCUCGAAUGGGGCAUAAAUGAUGAAGAGAAGCAGAUCGCCUGGUCAGAGAAGCUGAUUGAAAAUCUAAAGGAAGAAUCCCUCGAAACUGGGGAGAUAAUGAAAUCCGAGGAGGAAAGUCAGGUGGAGCAGGACGAUGACGGCGAUGAUAGUUCGACCAAGAUAGACAAGAACGAUAUCGAGGAGAUUGAAAGCUUGUACCUCAAGUCUGCAGAACUUCGCAGGGGCAUCGUAACCAAAGUGAACGACGCAAUGCGCUUAAUCCUCGUCGUCGUAACUUUCUACGUACUGGCAGCCAUCGCUCUCGGGUGGUGGAGUCACUGCACAGCCCAAGGAAGCUGGGGCAUGCAGAAAUGGCCAAUAGCUGAACCAAGAUUGCCUCCCUUCCUGAGCUCGUCGGCAGACAGCUGGCAGAGCAUACUUGUUAGGUUCGGAUUUGUGAUGUUCUUCGGGUGGCUGGUGACAGUCUCGACCUAUCUGAUCAGCGGGCAUUUCGAACCAAACUCUGGUCAACGUGUCAACUGGAUCCCUUGUAUCUUCUUCAUCCUGUUUGGAGCACCUACGAUGCUCAUCGUGUGGAUUUUCUGGGGUUCCGAGGUGUUUUUCUUGUGGUGCAGAGUCAUUGCCUUCUCCAUCGUCCCCUUUGCCGUUGAGGACAGGAUAACCAGCUGGAUACUUGCGCUCCCGAAGAUAAGGCUGCGCCCACGGGUGACCAUCUUUCUGUGCGAGAAAGAUGCGAGUAGAUGGCAGAGGAGCAUGUGGAAAAUGGUCAUCAACAGAAAGCACCGCGGCGGAUCGCAUUGCAGGGAUGAGCAUCAGCUGCCCGAGGCUCCUGUACGUAUGUCAGUCGAAGCGUUGGACGAGGUGUUGGAGUCGAGGACGCAACAAUCGAAAGUCUCGUCGUGA